UGUGAACAAGCUUACAACAUGAAUGAUCGUUCUUUCCACGUUUUAGUUACUUAUUGUCUUCUGAUGGCAUUUCCAGCUAAUUGUAAAGGAGCACUGGAGGAAAUAGUUGUUCCUCGUGAUACUAAAAAUGUGACAGUCACUGUACCUCUUCGUGGGACCAUUUCUAUCACAUGGUUCGUUGGACCUCAACCGAUCACAAAAGUUGUUUGGGCAAUCAGCAACGCCUCCUAUCCCGUGGCAAGGUUGAAAGAUGGAGGUUUUGUAUGCUACAAACAGGGAUUCUUCUCAGAAAGAGAAUGCCAGGAACAUUUCCAACUGACUGUGAAUGCAUCAAGUGACCAGCUCAUUACUGCAAUCAUGAGAAACCUGUCAAAUCCUUAUUUUGAACGGUUUUUGAUAUCUGUAUACCGUGGCCCAGACUCCAACAUAGACACGUUAUGGAUUAUAGUCUCUAAGAAAGAAUUACCACGACAACCUGAACUGGCUCCAAAGGUACCAUCUGCUAAGAGUAAUGGUACAGUUAAAACCAACAUUAGUUGGCCAAGUGAGUUUACCGGUUAUGGGGUUUUAGUGGCAUUCAUUGUGGUUCCCAUUCUGUAUGUGUCUCUCUGGAAAAGACAACUGAAACGUAAACUCAAUAUGAUCAUGUUCGAUACAGUAUGAAAGCAAGUUGAAAAGGGAAUCCUGCAUUAAAUUGCAUGCUGUUGUGUCGGUCACAUGACCUGAAGGGGUAAUGACACAUGGAGCAAGGAGCGAGGGAUGUCGAUUGAAUUCGUUUGUUGUUAGUUAUCUUAUAUGUGAUUAAAGAGACGUAGUUACGGACAGAAUACAACACACGCAAAAACUGAUAUUGCACAAAUCACGUAGCAAUGAGUGUGAUAUCAGUUUUCAAGUGUAUUAUAAUGCAUGCUGCCUUGUUGGUUUUACCACGUCAUUCCAUGGAAAAGUGCCUGAUAAAAGUUCUUAAAUUUAAUGUUUUUUUUAGAUGUAUUUUUCGUUUCAUACUUAACAUUUAGGAAUUAAAAUAGAUAUUGAGAUAGAGAAACUGCAUAAUUCCCUAGAUGUAUAAGUAGUAUAUACGUUAAAUAUGCGAGGAAAGGAUUUGUCAAUAGAGAUACAAGUUUAAUUCCCAACGCUUGUCUUGCAGUGAGAGAGAUCUUCUGGCCACUUCACUUUUGAACUCAACCAGGAAUUUCAUCAAUUUUUGUCAACAGACAUUUGCAUAACUUUUGCACAAUACUGUUUAUAACGUAACUAAAAGUUCCCUGCAAAUCACAUCAUUUCUGCAAAACAACUGCAUUUGAUGACUUAUUAAGUGACACUUGCCAGAGCUAUAUAUCACUGCAUCACUUGACUAUAAGAAUCUCUUCAGCAAACUUGGCAUUUGAUGUGUUCUGAAAUGACAAAUACUUUAUCAAAGGGAGCUAGAAAAAUUGAGAAAUGUAGAAUGAAUUCAUUUAUAAUUGUAAAUAUAUCAAAUCAGACAGAUGGAAAAUCUGCAUUAAAAAUCACAUUUAUCAAAUUCUACAAAAAAGAAGUACAACAAACUGAGCUUCCGAGGGUUGGAAUAUCAUAAAGAUUCAUGAAAGUUUGAUUCUUCUUCAUAUAGCAGACAAAGUCAAAUCAUCACUGUUGAGACCCAUUAACUGUACAAGAAGACCAAUUUCUUCCAAGGUUGAAGGACAAUGGACCACUGUUAUGAAAAAUAGUGUUGCGUGACAUGCAUGACCUUUUAGAAGCUUUGUGAAAGUUCAUGGCUUGCUUAUUUUAGUAAAUUAUGUAAUUGUUUCUAAAAGUGGUAUAUUUUGUAAUGUUGCUAUAAUUAGAUAUUUUUUUAGAAAGUUCUAGAAUUUUAUCGCGAAGUACAUAAGUAGGAUAGGUUAAGUGAAGUUUUAACCAAGUUUUCACAAGCGAAGAGAGUUAUUUGUGAUCAGUCAAGUGUGAAAAGGCAGUGUUUGUUCAAUUUGGUGGUGGCUGUGUGUAUUUCUCAAGUUUAUUGAAGUUGGCGGAGGCCAUGUGCAUUGUACAAGUUGUUUGAAUUUGGAGGAGGCCAUGUAAGUUUACUGAGUUGCGUGUUAGUGUAGAGUUUAUCAAGUGGAAAGUACAUUAAUUUUGGAAUAAACUUUCUUGUUGCUGUUCCGACAUGCCUGCGUUCUGUUUAGACCGCAAAUCACCUGUCACUCAACCGUCAAACUCUUAACAGCCACUGAAAGAUAUAAUCAAAUUAAUGGUUCUUAUUUUAUUUCAUAACAAUUUACCAAUAGUAAGUUUGGUAAGGACCUGUUUGCACUAUGCAAAAGUUUGUUUUCAAUUGCUAAAAAGUCUGUCGAUGCAAAACCAUUUUCAGCGUGAAUGAUUUGUCUGACCCACCAAAAUUUUUGUGAGUGCCACCAAACUUUGAAGAUGCCAUCUGCUAGAUUUGGAGGCCUUCAAAUUUUUGUUGGGUGAGAAAAUAUAUUGUUCCUUGACAGAUACCCUUCAAUUGGUCAUCAUAUUUUGUGAUUGAUACCAGGGAAAAUGGUAUUGUGUACAUGACCCCAUUACUGCCAUUUAGAGAUGGAUCCACCAGGUGAAAGGUCUGACAGGCACAGCGAUCCUGCACCAUUUGUUCAAAACUCUUACUUUGCUGCACCUCGACAAUAAUUAUUAUAACAUCAAUUGUCAUGGAACUCUGUGAAUGCUACUUAGGAAGAGCCACUGUCACGGUUACUGCACUACUGCCACCUUCAGCAAUUUAGUCAACCACAAGUUGAUUUGACAUUUGUGGUUACUCAAAUAAUUCACAUGUCUCAAGCACAAAUGCUAUUAUGAAAACAAAAAACUUGUUGUCACAAAAUUUUCAAUUUUAUCCCAAAUACCAAACCAAUUUUUCGGUGUGGUGCAAGCAGGGUCUAACUCCCUGUAUCAUUAUUAGCUUAUGGCACUUUGUGUCAAGAUUCAAGUUUUAAAAACUCUGUAAAGUACAAGUAAGUUCAGAGCCACAUUAAUUUUUCAAUUAUGUCAAUAAACUCUGAAUGUACUAGCCUAUAAGGAUAUUUGCUUGAAAAAAAUGAGUAAAGAACUGAACAAAUGUUGAAGCACUGAUCAACCAAAUAAUUCAGCCAUAUUAAAGGCAAGCAAGGCUCCAAAAGUACAGCAUAGUGACCCCUGCUAGUGUCAUGAUAAAGUCAGGCCCUACAAUGGCAAAUGUGGGGGAGGGGGGUAAGGGGGAUGGUGUUCUGAGGGAAGGGACUGCUAUUAGAAUUCUACAAAAGUAAAAGAGA